AUGGCUUCCGCCUCCUUUUUCCCGCUGCUCUCGUCUCUGCUGGUCCUGUUGUUCCUCAUGGCCCAGCAGUCGUCGGCCCAGUUCCCGCCGAUGAACCUGACGGUGGUAAACAACUGCCCGUUCCCGCUGUGGCCGGCCAUCCAACCAAACUCCGGCGGCGACGUCCUCGAGGGCGGCGGGUUCUUCCUGCCCUCCCAGUCCUACCGCACCUUCCCCGCGCCGAUUUCCACGUGGUCUGGGCGCAUCUGGGCACGCACCGGCUGCGGCGGCGACGGCGCCGCCGGGCGCCUGUCCUGCGACACCGGCGACUGCGGCGGCCGCCUGGAGUGUGGCGGCUUCGGCGGCGAGCCCCCCGCUAGCCUCGCUCAAAUCACCCUCCACCACGGCGGGGAGCGCGACCUGACGUCCUACGGCGUGAGCCUCGUCGACGGGUUCAACGUGGGGAUGACGGUGACGCCGCACGAGGGGGAGGGGCGGUGCCCGGUGGUGGGGUGCCAGGUGGAUUUUCUGGCGACGUGCCCGGAGGUGCUGAAGAUGAGGGGCCCCGGCGGAGCCGUCGUGGGGUGCAAGAGCGGGUGCGUGGCCUUCGGCACCGACGAGCUCUGCUGCCGGAACAAUUACAGCAGCUGGGAGAUGUGCCGGCCGAGCAUCUACUCGAAGUUCUUCAAGCGCGCGUGCCCGGCCACCUUCACCUACGCCCAAGACAGCCCGUCGCUGACCCACGAGUGCGCCUCGCCGCGCGAGCUCAAGGUCAUCUUCUGCCAUUGAAGCUCCGGCGGUUGCUCGGAGAUGAUUAGCGAAU